CACGUAGAUGUACUAACGUCCAAAUCCCAUUUGACUACCCUUCUUCCUGUACGUUCUCCAUUGGUCUCUCCUCCCCCAAGAAAAUCUCUAAUCUUCCAAUCCAAGAUCCCCAUGUUUCUCAAUCCCCUUGGCUCACCACAUUCUUAGGACAAAUUAACAAGUCCAAUUUCAACCCAAAGUUAAUCGAAAAGAAGCAAAGAAUGUCAAGAAUGAGUCGGUUGUUAUGGCUAUGGUCGCUCUCCAGUCUUUUCCUCUUCCUCUCCCAACUCCCCACAUCCCAAUCUUCUUCGAUUUCCGAUUUGUUUGAUCAUUGGUGCAGAGAGAACGGAAAGACAUACGCUUCCGACCAAGAAAAACAGCAUAGGCUCAAAGUGUUCGAACAAAACUAUGCGAUUGUUGUUGAGCACAACUCAAGAUCCCAUUCUUCUCACACGCUCGCACUCAACGCAUUUGCUGAUCUUACUAAUCUUGAAUUUAAGGCCAAAUAUCUCGGCCUUUCGCCUUCGGCUAAUGACUUGAUCAUUAGAUUGAAUAGUAGGGAAUCUGCUGAUGAAGGGGGGAAUCUUGUUGAAGAGGCUGAUCUCCCUGAUUCUAUUGAUUGGCGGAAGAAAGGGGCCGUCACUCCGGUUAAGGAUCAGGGUAGUUGCGGUGCAUGCUGGUCAUUCUCAGCCACGGGUGCUAUUGAAGGAAUUAAUCAGAUUAAGACUGGGUCGCUUGUUAGCUUAUCCGAACAAGAACUUAUUGACUGCGACAAAUCUUAUAAUGAUGGGUGUGGUGGAGGGCUUAUGGACUAUGCAUUUGAGUUCAUUAUAAAGAAUAAAGGGAUUGACACCGAGGAUGAUUAUCCAUAUCGAGGCCGUGAAGGAACCUGUAACAAAGAUAAACUGAAAAGACGUGUUGUAACCAUUGAUAGCUAUGUUGAUGUGCCUGCAAAAAGGGAGAAGAAGCUACAGCAGGCAGUUGCGACUCAGCCUGUUAGUGUCGGUAUAUGUGGAAGUGACUCGAAAUUCCAGUUGUACUCGGGGGGGAUAUUCAGUGGCCCGUGCUCGACCUCUUUGGAUCAUGCAGUUUUGAUAGUGGGAUAUGAUUCUAAAGAUGGUGUGGAUUAUUGGAUUGUGAAGAACUCAUGGGGAACACGGUGGGGAAUGAAUGGAUACAUACAUAUGCUGCGGAAUUCAGGGAGUACGGAAGGGGUAUGUGGGAUCAACACGCUGGCAUCUUACCCUGUCAAGACGAGUCCAAAUCCUCCACCGUCCCCAGCUCCUGGUCCAACUAAAUGCAAUCUCUUCACUUACUGUGCUAGUGAUGAAACCUGUUGCUGUUCUUGGAGUCUUCUUGGGGUAUGUUUCAGUUGGAAAUGCUGUGAAGCUGAAUCUGCUGUUUGCUGCGACGACCAUGUGCACUGUUGCCCGCCUGAUUAUCCAACUUGUGACACUACUAGGAAUCUAUGUCUCAAGAAAAUGGGGAAUUCUACAUUGUCAAAGCCAUUUGGGUAGACGAGCAUUUCCACGAGUUAGGCCAUCGAGACCUCUAAUGGAAAUUUUUGUUCUGGGAUGCUUAGUUGAGGUAGUAUUUGUGUAGUAUUCUUACAUAUAUGCUCUCUCGUCCACUGAUGACAACUACAUUGGAUUGGUAUUUGUGCAUAUGUGAUAGCAAGUCCCAAAACAUAAUUAGAGGAACACAUUUUGGUUCUGUCAGUUUGAAUUAAAGAUGCAAAUCAUUUCGUGGCUUCC